AUGGCCUCGUUCUGGGAAGUGGUUGGUGGAGCCGACAAAGGCGGUAUACUGGUGAGAGAAGGGCAAAGCUUGAAGUCCAGCGAACUUCCAGGGAGGUUGUCGACUGGAGCUGUCUUGGGAGAGCUCGAGCGCGCUGGAGAACGUCUCAGAUAUUGCCUUCUCAAAGGCACAGGCCCAGCUGAAGGCUGGAUCAGCCUUAAGGUUGCUGGAAAGGACCUAGUCCAGCCUGCAUCCACGUUGGGAGGGGUUCCAGCGAGCCCAGAACCUGCAGAAGAGGUGCGGCACCUUGUGCCUCCGAGCAAAGUGUUUCCCGCACCAACGAGUCGAUGUUUCGGAAAAGACGGGAAGAUGAAGAUGUUAUACUUGCAUGGAGGAGGUGUCAGCAAGACGGUCGCCCAGAUGCAGCUCAACAGCACCUUCAAAGAGAUGCCUUGCAAGAAGCAGCUUGAGUGGACGAUUUGGACUGGCCCACAUGCCGUACCACUCGGAUGGAAUGGCGACUUCUCUUUGAAGCCAUUUGGUCCGAAUUUCACAGUUUACUUCGAGCGCCUUCCCUAUGCAAAUUGUCAGCGGGAAACAUGGGAGGGCUUCGACAAGACGCUGAAGGAAUUCAAGACGUUCCUCCGAGAGAAUGGACCAUUUGACGGAGCGAUGGGCUUCGACAUGGGUGGCGAGUUCCUUGUGCACGUCGCCGGCUUGGCGACUGAGGGAGAUCCGGACCUGAAGGAGGCAUUCCGUUUCCUCAUGCUGUUUACCAGCACGGCGCCCAAGCACCUUUCACCCAUGGGCAAAGACCGCAUCAAGGCGCCUUUGCAAAUUCCAACGAUCUGUAGCUGGAGCAAUUCGGAUGAAAACCAUCCGUACAUGGAGUAUGAAGAGCUUCCAUUGUUCAUCCAUCCAAACUUCAGGGAAGUGAUCGUCCAUCAUGACGGGCACAAGCCACCGAUUUUGAAGAAAGAGCAGGCAGUUUUCUGGCGUUUCGCACGCUUCUUGGAUGCGAUGGAGAAGGGAAGAGAAUUUACCCCCUCGGACCACAGCGACAAUGCAGUGCGCUCCAAGCUUUGGCUGCCAGUGCAGCGAUCAGCUCCAAGCCAGCCGAAGGCAGAGAAGAGGCGAUUGUUAGUCGUGCCGGAUCCCGUGGGCGUGGGAGCCGACCUUCCAAAGGCCAUUGAAGCCCUACAAGCGAUGCAAGCCAGAGGCGAGCCUAUCGAAAGCCAGGGAGAGCCGUUUGUCAGCGGCGGCACGCCUCCCAAGCCCAUUCAGCGGCUGGAGCUCUUGGCGCAGGUGUGCCAAGCAUCGCCUGAGAUUUUUCAGCAGGCUGCAGCGGCUGCAGCAGACUCAUCAGGCAUUGACGUUCAAGGUGUAAGUUUCACUGACGAGCAAUCGCGCAUUCAAUGGCACUGCGACAGUGCCGACGUCCCUUCACGACAACUGCUGAGCAAGGAUAUCAUCGAUGACGAGAAGCGAGACUCUGAUGCGCAAGAAAUGGCUCGAAGAUUCUUGGAGGAUGCCAAGGCUGGGGACGCGCCGUUGGCUCUCGUGGGACUUGGCACCGGGGCCUUCAUCGCCUUUGCCGUCGCUCGAGAACUUGUCUCCAAGGGCAUCCGGCCCUUGGGACUUUGGUUGGUAAAUCCACCACUUCGCCUGCCAUGGUCAUGCACAAGCGAACCCUGCAUACUGAAGGACUGCCCGGUCCAUGUGCUCGUUGAUCGCGAUUCAACGUAUGGUCCGCCGUGGCGAUACGAGGUGUCCACCUGCGGCCCCUUCACCACUAGCCUUUUCGUCGACAUUGAUGAGAUGGUGAAGCGCAUCAUCUCUGAUGUACAGUCUUUAUAA